AUGACUCCUGAAGCCUUGAAGAAUGGAUAUCCUGAAACUCCUCAUCACUCAGAUUUAUCCGCACGUUUUAAAACUUCCAUCACCCCCAAAAAACUGUCCAAAACAGAUGCUUCUAAAAGGUUUACCAAUGCGAAGGAUAGAAUCACCACCAGUGAGCAAUCUACAAUCAGCCCAGAGCUGAGCACCCAUUUACUUGAUUCAGUUGUGAGGACCUCUUUAGCAAAGGAACCUCAGGAUGACAAUACUAGUUCCAUCACUUUCCACUCGCAAACUGAUUCUUCAAACCACGAUGUGCCAAAGAAAAGAGACCUUGCCAAAAGGACUACCCAACCUGAGCACUUUCUGAUUGAACAUAAGAUAUUCCUAGUUGUCCUGGGAAUUGUACUGAUUUGGGAAAUUGUUGCUUCACCUCUGGAGUGGACAGCAGAUGACAGCGUUUAUGAAUACCUUGACUUUGUGGAUGCCACAGAUAGGCACGAGAAGAUCUGGAUCUGGCGUUAUUUGGGGGCUUGCCUCGGAUCCUUCUCCAUUGUUUUUCUGAUAGACAACGUCAACUGUUUCUUGAUCCCAGGCCUUCCCAGAGUCUACCUCCAUUUUUAUGGUUACUCCGCCUUCAUGAUUAUCACAUUUCUGUUGAGCACAUUGUAUCCCAUACAUGUCUCAAAGAAAACGGAACACGCAAGCAAGACCAUAAAAGCUUUAGGCCUCAUGGGAAGUGAUGGGCGUAUCAUCUUGCUGUCGGUGACUGUAUUUUUGAUGGGUGCCGUGAGGUCCACCGCCGACAAUUUCCUAUUUUGGAAGAUGCAGGAUAUGGGGAGUUCUGAACUUUACAUGGGACUUUCUGUGGUCCUCGCCCUAGUUUCUGAAAUUGGCCUGUACAUUUUUAAAGGCAAACUCAUGAGGUCCUUGUCCUUCAAGUGGAUGGUGGCUCUUGGUCUCCUGUGCCAAGCAGUAGAGUUUUUGUAUUAUUCUUUUCUGUGGGCACCUUGGGCCGUGUUACCUAUUCAGUUCUCAAGCGCCUUCAGCAACGGUGUUCUUUUGUGGGCCAUCAAAUCCCAAGUUGAUGACGUAGCCACGCCAGGAAUGGAGAGGUCCAUCCAGCUUGUCCUGCACUGCUUAUCGCACCACUUUGGAGCUAGCCUAGGCAGCUUUGCCAGUGGGUUUGUCAUCAGCAGUUUCAGCCUUGCCAUUCUCUUCCAGUCCUGCUGUGUGUUGUUGUUGAUCUGGCUUCUGAUGUUUUUGGUCAUCCAACCCAAACUUCCUCACAUCAAGAAGAUCAACUACUCGCGACUUCUUGCCCCCGACAACAGCGACAUGAGUGACUCUGAGGACGAGCAGGAAAGGGACUGGCUGGUCAAGGCCAUGAAAGAUGACAGUAAAAUAUGGUAG